AUUUUGAAAAAUGUCGUCUUCGGUUGUUUUAUACGUCUACGACCUGUCGCGUGGCAUGGCGUCGCAGUUCUCGUCUGCGUACCUCGGACGGCACCUCGACGGCAUCUGGCACACGUCCAUCGUCGUCUACGGCGAAGAAUACUACUUUGGAGCGGGCAUCCAGACUGCCCAGCCAGGGCGCACAAUGCACGGCCAGCCACUGCGGCAGGUCGAUUUGGGCGUCACUGCCAUCCCGCGCGACGUGUUCCACGACUUUCUACGCGGACUGAGCGACGCGGGCCAGUUCAGCUCGACGUCGUACCACUUGCUCGAUCAGAACUGCAACCACUUCACCCAAGAGUGCGCGCAGUUCCUUGUGGCGCGGGACAUUCCCAGCUACAUUCGCUCGCUGCCGGACGACUUUGCGUCAACGCCGAUGGGCGCCAUGCUCCGGCCGCUCAUCAACUCGUUCUUUACAAGUGGUCAGGCAGUGGACGAGGUUCCAUUUCGCUCAAUGGCGGGCCAGCAACCAGGUGGUGCAGCUGCACCCACUCCAACUGCCACUGGAACAGCCACCGCUCAGCCGCUGCGACCACACACAUUCGAUCAGCUCCAACUGUCCACCAUCAUGACCAAGCUGCGUGGGUUUUUGGACACCAAUCGCGCAGAUGCCACGCAAGACGCAACCAUUAUGCCGCUCACGAACGCGCUUGCUGCACAGUUGGAUUCGUUGGAAGCGUCCUUGACUGCAGUUCCCACGCCAGCAACGACCGCCCUCAUCGGAUCGCGUGUCAAGGCAAAUGGGGAGCAUGUGGCGCUCUUUACUGCGCUGCUUCAACCAUACUGGCCGCUGGGAAUGAUUGAACAGGCCCAUGUCGCGACUCCGCGAUUGCGCAUCCUGCGCACCGAGCAGCUCUUCCCCGUUCUGGACUUGCUGCGUGUCUGGCUGCUGGCGGACGGAGCAAUUGCGCUUGUGUCCAACCCUCUCCAAAACAACUGCAUUCCCCAUCUCUUGGCCGCGCUCGUCACGGGCGACGGUGCCGUGUUCAGUUCUGACGCUGCUCAGCUUGUCGUCUUGCGCGCAGCAUGCAACAUGUUUGCAUCGGACACUGGCGCCAAGUAUAUGCUGAGCGACAGUGCCAUUGCUGCAGUUGUCAACGCCACGGUGACUGCGUUGCUCAACCCACCUCGUCCCGUUAUUCGUCAGACCGCAGCAACUCUGGCGUUCAACAUUGCGCUCAGUCUGGGUAGCACUCUGUCAGAGGUAGCUGCAAGCGCUGUGGCGGAAUUGACCACGGCGAUUCAUCAUAUUCUGGCUGCUCCCGCCACUGCUCAAGAUGACGAGGAAUCGGUCUUCCGAGGGCUCUCCGCGUUGCUCCAGCUGGUCUCAAGAAACGAGGACUCGAAGCAGCUUGUGAUUGCGCUCGGCUUUGAUACAAUCCUGUCUGGGUUGCGAGGCAAGAGCGCACGACUUGCUACGUGCGCCAAUCAGCUCGCUCAAGUUUUGGGCUAAACGCUGAAUGUGUAAACUGCUUUCGAUGUGUUGAUAAGUUUGUUUUUUUUGAACGGCGCAACUGAAACAUGCCUGAAGAAUGAAACAAAUAACAAGAUUUUUAAUUGAAAA